AUGCGGUCGAAGCUUACUCGGACAGAGCUUAUUAAACCUGUAUCUUCCUCAGUUUGCUACUGUGAUGGGAAACGUGAAUUGGGUUCAUUGGAAUUAUUUUGCGCUAUUUGUCGUAAAUGCUAUGGACUUUCUUUUAUGGUUUGUUAUGUAUUUAACUGUGGUGAUUGUAGUCCAACAAAAUCGGAAACAUGGACCCCAAAACAAGCGAAUUUUGUUCACAUGUGCGUCACGGUGCUUGCAAAUUUGACUUAUAAUGUAAUAAAAGAUAAAGAAGAUGCUAUAAGAGAUGGAGUGUUGGUGAAUCCAAUUUUUUUUAAUAUCGAGUCAGAGAUUAUACCAUAUUUUAAUGCCCAGUGGGAAAAUUUAACUUCAAUGACGAGAAGAGUGAAAAAUACUUGGCAUCAAACUCUCUUGAGAGCUCUAACGAAGGAAACUGAUCUGUUUGAAACAUCCGAAGAUGGACAAUCAUUCGCACUUAGAGAAAGGGAUUUGCUCUCUAUUGGGCCAGCCCACGAGCCAUUGAAACAGAUUGGUAAAAGCAAAGGAAGUGGAAAUAUAUCGCAUCGUGAAUGCAAAGAUCAAGAAAGAAUUGAUGAAUCAAGCGAUGGUCCAAAAACACGAGGCUCGAAACGCCGCAAUGCGGAAGGUGGUUUAAAUGCAUUGAAAAAAGCAAAAUACACGGCAGAUUAUGCCUCAACACGUAUAUCUGGUAUGGCUGUUCCUAUCGAUUUUCCAUUCAAUCGUGAAGGCUACCGAUACUAUUUAGUUGAAAAAGAUAUGAGCGUGCCAAAUAGAGAGGUAUUCGAACAAGAAGAUAUAUACGGCAAGCCAAUUCCCGCUCAUACUUAUCGAAUUACGACACAUCCAACUGUAACACUGUCACCAAAUGAUCGAGCUUUUCAACUAAAAUUAUCUGAUGAUCGACUUUCUGUUACUGGUUUUGAAGGAUACUGCGUAGCUCGAGCAACACAUCACAUUUCUCAUGGUACAUACUACUAUGAAGUCGUUUUCGUUUCGCAGCCUCCAGGUUCCCAUGUUAGAAUUGGUUGGAGCCAAGCUGUAGCGCCUGUUCAAGCCUGUCUCGGUUAUAAUCAGUUUUCUUAUUCGUGGCGAAGUUUAAAAGGGACAGUGUUUCAUCAAGCAAAGGGAAAGCAUUAUGCAAGUGGUGGUUUUAAAGAAGGUGAUGUGCUUGGUUGUUUAAUAUCACUUCCUUCUUGUCCAUCUGAUCCAAAUUAUGAUUGCAUGUCUGUUAAUUCUUUACCUCAGUCGUCUUCUUAUUUGUUCCCUUCGCACAAAGAUCUACCUCUUAUUAACUUUAAACACAACUAUUUUUAUGAAGAGAAAGAUGAAAUACAAAAUUUAAUUAAGGAUCUUAAAGUGGCAUCGGGGAGUUAUAUGGAUUUCUUGAUUCGUUUGCAGAUUGAGUUUUUUCUUAACGGUAUCAGCUGUGGUAUAGCAUUCCGCGAUAUUUAUGCUGGCUUCUAUUUUCCUGCUGUUUCACUGUUUCAAUCUGCAACUGUCAAAUGUAAUUUUGGUCCAGAUUUUUAUUUUUCGCUACCAGAUGGCGCCAAAGCAAUGUGUGAACGAGUUGAAGAAAUGCAAAUCGAACAAACUAUUUCUGAUGUUCUCUUCUUAGUAGAAAAUGAAAAACGUUUAGCCGAAGAAGCCAGAAAUUAUCGUUCUUAG